AUGAACAGGAAAGACAGCAAGAGGAAGUCCCACCAGGAAUGCUUGGGGGUAACGGGGGCACGGGGCCGGCCCCGACAGGCCCGCCGCCACAAGACGUGCCCCAGCCCUGGAGAAAUCAGCAAGGUUAUGGCUUCCAUGGCUCUGGGUGUGCUGAGAGAGGGCUGCAGUGAAGAUGAGCUGCUGGAGAAAUGCAUCCAGUCGUUUGACUCUACUGGCAGCCUGCGCCACGGGGCCCAUGUUCUCCACAUGAUGCUGGCCAUGCACAGCUGGGUGCUGCCUUCCGCCCACCUUGCUGCUCGUCUGCUGACUUUAUAUCCUCCCAGGUACCAGAAAGCCACAGGGAAAAUGCAAGAGCUGAGACGGCUGCAGAUCUGUCACCUGGUCAGGUACUGGCUGAUCCAGCACCCUAAGGCAGUUCACCAAGAGCCCCAACUACAAGAGGCAAUCGAUCGCUUCUGGGCUACUGUGGACCAGGAGGGAGGUCCAGCCCAGAGGAGCCUGGGAGGAUCCUCUAAUCUCCUGAGUCCUGAUGGCCCUGGUCCUCCACCUCCAAUAAGUAGUCCUGGCCUGGGAAAAAAGUGCAAAGUGUCCUUGAUUUUCGACCAUCUGGAGACAGGGGAACUGGCUCAGCACCUAACUUACCUAGAAUUCCGGUCUUUCCAGGCAAUCACGCCUCAGGACCUGCGGAGCUAUGUUUUGCAGGGCUCUGUGCGGGACUGCCCAGCUCUGGAAGGUUCUGUCGGCCUCAGCAACAGCGUGUCCCGGUGGGUGCAGGUCAUGGUGCUGAGCCGGCCAGGGCCCACGCAGCGUGCGCAGGUGCUGGACAAGUUCAUCCACGUGGCGCAGAAGCUCCACCAGCUUCAGAAUUUCAACACGCUGAUGGCAGUCACUGGGGGCCUGUGUCACAGUGCCAUCUCCAGACUCAAGGACUCCCAUUCCCACCUGAGCCCUGACAGCACCAAGGUCCUGGUGGAGUUGACUGAACUCCUCGCAGCCCACAACAACUAUGCCCGCUACCGCCGUGCCUGGGCAAGCUGUGUGGGCUUCCGGCUGCCUGUGCUCGGUGUGCACCUCAAGGACCUGGUGUCCCUGCACCAGGCCCAGCCUGACAGGCUGCCUGAUGGCCGCCUGCACCUGCCCAAGCUCAAUGGCCUCUACCUGCGGCUGCAAGAACUGGCAGCCCUCCAGGGCCAGCGCCCGCCCUGCAGUGCCAACGAGGACCUCCUGCACCUCCUCAUGCUCUCCCUGGAUCUCUUCUACACGGAAGAUGAGAUCUAUGAGCUCUCUUAUGCCCGGGAACCCCGCUGUCCCAAAAGCCUGCCACCCUCCCCCUUCAAAGCACCCCUGGUGGUGGAGUGGGCCCCCGGCGUGACACCCAAGCCAGACAGGGUCACCCUGGGCCGGCAUGUGGAGCAGCUAGUGGAGUCUGUGUUCAAGAAUUAUGACCCUGAGGGCCGAGGAACCAUUUCACAGGAGGACUUUGAGCGACUCUCGGGCAACUUCCCCUUUGCCUGUCACGGGCUGCACCCACCUCCCUGCCAGGGGCACGGCUCCUUCAGCCGAGAGGAGCUGACAGGCUACCUGCUCCGGGCCAGCGCCAUCUGCUCCAAGCUGGGCCUGGCUUUCCUGCACACCUUCCAUGAAGUCACCUUCCGCAAACCCACCUUCUGCGACAACUGCAAUGGUUUUCUCUGGGGAGUAACCAAACAAGGCUACCGCUGCCGGGAUUGUGGCCUGUGCUGCCACAAACACUGCAGAGACCAAGUGAAGGUGGAGUGUAAGAAACUGGGGGUGAAGGGCAGCGUGGCCCCCCCGGGAGCUUCCUUUCCGUCCACAUCAGCUGCCCAUGUCAGCCGAGGCUCCGAGGAAAAUCUCCCAGACAUUCUGUCCCCGGAAUCUGAGACUGAGUCCCACCUUUGCCAUGCCUGGACCCAGACAGAGGCUUCACCCCCUUUCUGGGGGCCAGAGAUGAAAGGAAUCGACGUGCUGCUGAAGAGCAAAGGGCGCAGACUGGCAGAGCAGCAGAGGCCUGUUGCGACACAAGGGACAGAAACCCCACAACACACCUCGAACCUGAAUGCCCCUGACCUGGUCUCCACAAAGAUGAGCCUUCCAGCUGGACCACAAACCCCUCCAGAUGCGUCUGAGCCCGCCUUUUGGUCCUGUAUCCCCGCCCACUUCCACGUCUCGUUUGGCCGGGCUCCCCCCAGGCACGCGCUGUGCUCCCACAACGCGGCAGCGCAGUCCUCGCCAGACAGCGCGCGAUCAGGUCGUGGGAAAGUCGCCUCCGCGCCCGGGCCUGUAUACGGGAACGUCAAGCACCUAGGCUUCAGGGCACCCAGGGCUGCCGACCGCGAGCCAGCGGCGCGCACAGCCCUAAAGUCCAGCCAGCAGGUCCCAGCCACCGUGGCGCCCUACCUCCAUGAAAAGCAUCGCCUGCCAGGUUGUCCCGCGCGUCCCGCUGCUGGACAGCGCGAGGCUCCGCCCCAGAAGCGGCCUGCGCACCCCGCAACGCCGGCGCGAAAACCUAGAGCGCUGCCCUUCAGGGUCUGGGUCUAA